AGGGAACCAAAAAAAAUCAUAUUAUAAAAAAGAAUGUUUAAAUUAAGUACAAUCGAUUCGUCAGUUGAAAGUGCAACGACUACUAACACAUCGAGCGCAGCAAUAAAAAAUACUCGAGCAAAUCUUAAAACCUCUCAUCCUCCUUCGUUUAUGGGCUUAAUAAUUAAUACAACUUUUAAAAAAAUUAUAAAGAAAGUCACAGCUAUUACGGAAGUUUUAUUAAACUCAACGUUUACAAAUAAUACGCCUGACGUUAACAACAUGCUAAUAUCGCCAGCAUCAUGGUAUAAUGCUGAUUUAUUGGCUUCAAACUAUAGCACAAUCGUUAGCGUGACUAACUUAAAUGAGAAUGAUUUCGUUGACGAAGACGAUGAUUGUUACCCGGAUAAUCCUAAUUUUAAUUGCACUCGUCUGGAAUACCUUGAACACGUAUUAGGUCCUCAGACCUUACAGCUUUAUAAAGUUCUUUUGAUUACAAUAAUAUAUGGCUGCAUUUUUAUCACUGGUAUUUUGGGUAACAUUUUAAUCUGCGUGGUUAUUGUGAGACAUCCCAGCAUGCAUACGGCUACAAAUUAUUAUUUAUUUAGCUUAGCGGUAUCGGAUCUUUUAUAUUUAUCGUUUGGUCUGCCAACGGAUGUGAUUGCGUUUUGGCAUCAAUAUCCAUAUUUAUUUAGUUUACCAUUUUGUAAGAUACGUGCUUAUAUAUCGGAAGCCUCCACGUAUGUCUCCGUCUUUACAAUUGCUGCCUUCUCGGUGGAACGUUAUUUGGCUAUAUGUCAUCCUCUGCAUACAUAUGCUAUGAGCGGUUUCAAAAGAGCCAUCCGUAUCAUUAUAGCUUUGUGGUUAGUGAGUUUUUUGGGUGCUAUACCCUUCGGUAUUAUGACAAACAUUAUUUACACUUACUAUCCUUUAGAUAAUAAAAUUAUACCAGAAUCAGCAUUUUGUAGUCUCCAGCUAAUACAUGAUAUACCAUUAUUUGAAUUAUCAUUUCUGGUAUUCUUUCUCGCUCCUAUGCUUUUGAUCAUAUAUUUCUAUGGCCGCAUGGGCGCAAAAAUCAAUUCGAGAACCUUACAAAAUUUAGGUGUACAGCAUGCGUCUAAGGAAGGCGAAGUACGUCAUUACCAAUCUCGGAGGGCUGUAAUCAGAAUGUUAGCGGCUGUUGUAUUGACUUUUUUUCUUUGCUGGCUACCUUUCCACUUGCAACGUUUAUGGAUCAUUCAUGGAAGAUCUCAUAGCCAUUAUUUGACUAUCAAUGAAGUGCUCUUUUCAUUGGCUGGUUUCUCUUAUUAUAUUUCAUGCACAAUAAAUCCCAUGUUAUAUAAUGUCAUGUCUCAUCGUUAUCGCGUUGCAUUUAAAGAAGUUUUAUGCAAUAAACGUAAAACAGUUCCAUAUAGUAACGGUUGUGGUAAUGAUGCAUCGAGUGCUCGCGAAAUAACUGUAGCUUCAAGUCUUUAUAAUACCAGCUCAUCGGAUCCUCGUUGCUCGACACGGACUCGUUCUUUAAAUUUUGUAAAUAACAGGCGGGAACGAAAUUCUAUACAAUCGAACAAUAUUAUUGGUUGGCGUCACGAAAUCUGUCCAGUGUUAGAGAAGCUACUCUACUAGGAACGUUUAAAUAUUUUUAUUCAAUUUUUUUUCUUCCAACUCUUCUCAUUAGUUUUGCAAAAAACUAUCUAAUUAAAGUUGAACUUAUUUGAAAAAGUGAGGGAAAAAGAAAUUAGCCUUAAACGCCCAUAAAAAAUGCAUUUUGCCUCCCAAUCGAAGCUUCAAUUUCGAUGAAAGAACAACGAAAAUUUACUCAGUGAAAAAAAAAAAAAAAUGUUUAUAAAGCACUAUGUAUAGCACAUAUAUAUAUAUACAUACAUACAUAUAUAUAUUUAUGAAAGAGGACAGAGAAUGAGUCAACUGUACAACCAUUUAAAAUACAUAUAUUUUUUAAUCAUCGUAAGACCGGAUUAGCCUACCGUACUGAACUAUCUAACAAUUUAUGAUUUCAUUAUAAACUAUUUGUCGUAAUAAAAAAGUAAACGAAGCGAUCAGGAUAUCAAAUCUAGAUAUGUACAAAAUAAUUCAUAUUUUAUUCGCAGUCAUUCUGCCUGCGAUUUGUUAUAGAACUCAUAUUUACAUAUACAUACAUUAUCUUGAAGAGGUAAACUUUUUUAAGUUAAGAAACAGUAUCCUACGUGAUUCGAGUUAUUGCAUUGAUAUCUAACAAUACGGGGAGACAAAUUUGCUACAGUUUGAGCUUUUAAAAUUAAAUUAACAAUUGCUGGCAUUUUAAUAUUAAACUCAUAUCCAAAUAUUUUGUUCAUACUCAUUAAUGUUGUUCAUUAUCUUAAU